AUGAAUAAAAACUCUUCACAGAGUUUAUGUCAGGCUGACCCAGUCCAGGACACCACAGCUCAGGUUGACCUACCUCAGGCCACUGCAGCUCAAGGUGACCCAGUCCAGAACGUCCCAGCUCAGAGUGAAUCAGUCCAAACCAUCACAACUCAGGGUGACCCAGUUCAGAACAUCACAGCUCAGAGUGACCCAGUCCAGACAACCACAGCUCAGAGUGAACCAAUCCAGACCGUCACAACUCAGGGUGACCCAGUGCAGACAAACACAGCUCAGAGUGAACCAGUCCAGAACAUCACAGCUUGGAGUGAACCAGCCCAAACCAUCACAGCUCAGGGUGACCCAGUCUGGACCACCACAGCUCAGAGUGAACCAGUUCAGAACAUCACAGCUCAGAGUGAACCAGUGCAGACAAGCACAGCUCAGAGUGACCCAGUGCAGACAAGCACAGCUCAGGGUGACCCAGUGCAGACAAACACAGCUCUGAGUCAGCCAGUGCAGAACAUCACAGCUCAGAGUGGAGCAACUGUCAAUUCAUCUUUUCUACAAGGAAAUGAGUUCUAUGGCCCAGUUUAUAUUGGCAUUGGAGCUGACUCUAAGCAUGAAGCGGUAACUGGAAAGAGCCCAGUACUGUCCUCCACUGCAACUCCAUAUGAAGAUUCAGUUAGUGUUUCCACUGCAGAAGAUCAAAAGAAAUGCACCCAGUUGAAGUCCACCCUCGGGCAGCUAUAUGAAAGUAUACUAAUUGGGAAUUCACAUACAGGCCACACAAAGUUCUUGGAGGAUAUCUACACUGAUCUCAUUAUAGUGCAGAAUGAAAGUGGAGGAGUCAUUCAAGUGCAUGAAGUGAUGCAAAUGGACAUAUUAUGCAACAGACUUGCUAGUAAGGAAGUUUGUGUUAAAUGCAGUGACCUUUUCAAGGUCCAGCCUGGUACCAGUAGACGGAACAGAAAAGUGUUGACAAUGGGAAUUGCUGGUGUGGGUAAAACUGUGUCAGUCAACAAAUUCAUACUUGACUGGUCGAAGGGAGAGGAGAACCAGGACAUAACCUUCAUUUUUCCUCUUUCUUUCCGUGAACUGAAUCAGAAGAAAGAGAAGAAGUUCAGUCUGAUUGAACUACUGAAUCAUUGUUUUUUUUCUUCAAAAACUGAAUUGAAAUGUCUUCCGGAGGAUAAUGGUAAAAUUUUAUUUAUUUUUGAUGGCCUAGAUGAAUGCUGCUUUCCUCUUUGCUUUGAGGACGGGGAGGAAGUCAAAGAUGUCAAUGAGAAGACCUCAGUAGGAUCACUGGUCACUAAUCUUAUCAAUAGAAAUCUGCUUCCAUUUGCUCUCGUCUGGAUAACUUGCCGACCAGCAGCAGCCUGUCUGAUUCCCCGGGACUACAUCAAUCUGGUGACAGAAGUACGAGGAUUCAAUGAUGAACAAAAGCAGACAUACUUCAGCAAAUACUGUAAUAAGGAUAUGGCAAUGAAAAUUGUUUCACAUAUAAAGAAAUCAAGGAGUCUCUACAUCAUGUGUCAAAUCCCAGUGUUCUGCUGGAUCUCUGCCACUGUGCUUCAGCCUCUGAUGGUUCAAGACAGCAAUAAGGAAAUCCCUGCAACUCUGACAGGAAUGUACAUAAGCUUCCUACUCCAGCAGAAAAACUUAAUGAAAAAGAAAUACAGUAAGAAAACCACAACUGUUGAUGCAGAGCACAUCAUUCUGAAGCUGGGUAAACUGGCCUUCUGUAAUCUUGAGAGUGGUACUCUGAAUUUCUAUGAAGAUGAUCUCAAGAAAUGUGGCAUUGAUGUCAGUGAUGGCACUGUGUUCUCAGGAGUGUGCACACAGAUUUUCAGUCAGCAGGGAGGAGUUUCUGAGAGGAAUGUUUUCAGCUUUGUACAUCUUAGUGUUCAGGAAAGCCUUGCAGCUUUAUAUGUGCAUCACUCACACUGCAACAAGAAAAGGAAUGCAUUCAAACAGGAGACAUUCUUGAACAAGCUUAAAUGGAAGAAUAACAGAAUAACAGAUCUCCAUAAGAGUGCAGUAAAAAGAGCUUUGCAGAGUGAAAAAGGACACCUCGACCUUUUCCUCCGUUUCCUCCUCGGCCUCUCACUGGGGGAUACUCGGCAUGUCCUAAGUGAACUUCUGCCAAAUCUGAAGAUCAAAGCAGAGAGUGUUAGGGACACAGCUGACUAUAUCAAGAAGAAACUGCAUGAGGAAAUAUCAUCUGACAGAAGAAUCAAUCUCUUCCACUGCCUGAGUGAACUGAAAGACAAUUCCCUGACAACUGAAAUACAGGAAUACCUGAACUCAGGAAAUCUCUCAACACAGAAACUCGCAUCUACACAGUGGUCAGCUUUGGUGUUUGUGCUGCUGAUGUCAGAGGAGACCCGAGAGAAGUUUGAGCUGAAGAAAUACAGGCCAUCAGAGGAAGGACUGAACAGACUCUUGCAAGUGGUGAAACACACAGGAUGUGCUUUAUUAGCUUCAUGUAACCUUGGGGUAAAGACCUGUGAAGAUCUGGUAUCAGUUUUAAAUCUGGAAAACUCCUCUCUGAAAGAACUUGACCUCAGUAACAAUGACCUGGAGGAUUCAGGAGUGGAGCUUCUCUCUGCUGGACUGAAAAGUUCACAAUGUAAUCUGGAGAUACUCAGACUAGCUUUGUGUAAUCUUGGAAAAAAGACUUGUAAUCACCUGGAAUCAGUUUUAAAACUGGAGUCCUCCUCCCUGAAAGAGCUGGAUAUCAGUAACAAUGAUCUGCAGGAUUCAGGAGUGGAGGUCCUCUCUGCUGGACUGAAGAAUUCACACUGUAAACUGGAGAUACUCAGAUUAUCUGGUUGUAUGAUCACAGAGAAAGGCUGUGCUUUCCUGGCUUCAGCUCUGAGAACAACCCCCUCAAACCUGAAAGAACUGGAUCUGACCUACAACCACCCAGGACAGUCAGGAGUGAAACUGCUUACUGCUAGACUGGAGGAUCCACACUGCUCACUCAACACACUCAGGGUGGAACAUGGAGGUGAGAUCAGAAUCAAACCAGGACUGAAGAAAUAUUCCUGUGAGCUCACUCUGGACCCAAAUACAGCACACACACGUCUCUCUCUGUCUAACGGGAACAGAAAGGUAGAGUUUGUGUGGGAGAAGCAGCCAUAUCCUGAUCAUCCAAAAAGAUUUAAUUACUAUAAGCAGGUUCUGUGUAGAGAGAGUCUGACUGGACGUUGUUACUGGGAGGCUGAGUGGAGCGGGUGUUGGGCUGAAAUAGCUGUGACCUAUAAAUCAAUCAGCAGGAAAGGACGCAGUGCUGAUUGCAGAUUUGGACUGAAUGAAAAGUGUUGGAGUCUCAUCUGCUGUGAUAACAGUUACUCUGUCUGUCACAAUAAUAACAGAACUGAUCUCUCUGUACGUCCCUCCAGCUCUAAGAGAGUAGGAGUGUAUGUGGAUUGUCCGGCCGGCAAUCUGUCCUUCUACAGUGUCUCCUCUGAUACACACACACUGACACACCUACACACAGUCUACACCACAUUCACUGAACUGCUCUGUGCAGGAUUUACACUUUAUUAUGACUCUUCAGUGUGUGUGUGA